UACAGGUCCCCUGGUUCUGUGGGCUAGGUGAAGGUCAAAGGAUCUGGCUUAAGCAUCAAAGAAGUCAAUUCUAGUAAAAGAAUUCGUAAGAGACAAAGCCACAUCCAAGAGGUAAUGAAUGCAGUUUUACCCGCAAUUUUACCCAGUAAACUGAGUUACUCCUGCCUUCAUUGAAUUGAAAACUUCUCUUUCCUCAACAUCGGUUCUGCAAUUCGAAUGCUCCUGCUGUGAAAUAUUUCAAACUUGUAAAUCGCUCCUGCUAAUACAUACGACGAAAGGAGGAGGGCGCUGAUUAAGCCACUUAGGUACCUGAUUAUUCAGGGUCCAGGGUCCAGACCCCCCGCAAGUUACAAAUAGACAAAUAACCCCGCGAGUCCGAUCUUCGGAGGUAAUCUGACCCUUACGAGAGUCACGAAAUUUCGAAUGAGCACCAAAAGUUCAUGAACCAAUGAACUGAUCGCAUAUUCUCAGCUUGGUAACAUAUUUGAAUCGUAUCAUACCAGGACGGAAAUCGAGGAUUAGGACGAGAUUGGAAGUAAUUGAAGUCUUAACAAAGCAGUGUCGACGCCAAUUACUUAUUACCUGACAAUGGCUUCAUUCCCACCCCCACCAGUCAACACCAUUGACUGGUCCAAUGUCGGCUUUCGAGUUCGCGAAGUGAACGGACACAUUGAAUCGCAUUACUCACAGAAGACUGGAAAAUGGUCUCCCCUUCAAUUCGUGACCGAUCCUUAUAUCCGUAUCCACGGUAUGGCGCCCGCCCUAAACUACGGCCAACAAGCCUAUGAGGGCCUCAAGGCUUUCCGCACUCCAUCGGAUGAUAUUCAGAUCUUCCGACCCGAUCGUAACGCCGUCCGGAUGCAGCACUCUGCCGAAUUCAUCUCGGUCCCUCCCGUUCCUACGGAUCUGUUCGUCGAAGCCGUUAAAGCCGCCGUUUCUCUCAAUGCCGAGUACGUCCCGCCCCACGAGACAGGCGCCGCCAUGUAUAUCCGACCGCAGAUCUAUGGCUCUAGCGCGCAGUUGGGACUGAGCCCACCCGAAGAAUACACAUUCUGCGUCUAUGUUCUACCGACUGGUGUGUAUCACGGCACACAUCCCGUCAAUGCUCUUAUCCUAGAUGAGUUCGAUCGUGCAGCUCCCAACGGAACAGGAAGCGCAAAGGUCGGAGGCAACUAUGCACCCGUGUUGAGGUGGAGCGACAAGGCGAGAGCCGAGGGGUAUGGCAUUACGCUUCACCUUGAUAGCGCAACGCAUUCGGAAGUCGAUGAAUUCAGCACAAGUGGUUUCAUCGGUGCCGUCGUGAAUGGGGAGGAUGUGACACUCGUGGUACCUGAUUCGAAGAACGUGAUCCAGAGUGUGACGGCGGAUAGCAUCACAGAUAUUGGUCGCAGCUUUGGAUGGAAAGUAGAGAAAAGAUCCAUUAAAUACACGGAGUUGCCGAAAUUCUCCGAGGUCAUGGCCGCGGGUACUGCUGCCGCCCUGGUACCGAUACGGUCCAUCACCAGACGUUUCGACCCCGCCUCACCGGAAUCCAUUUCAUCUACCACUGGAGAGCACAGUCGUCUGUCAACAGAAGCGGGAUCAGAAAAGGUGACAUAUAUCCCCGAUGCUGAUGAAGAUGCGGGUCCGAUUUGCCUAAAGCUAUUGACCCAGCUCAAGGGUAUCCAGUCCGGAAAGGUCAAGGAUGAGUUUAAUUGGUGUUUCGCCGUCGGCCGUGAAGACGGAAUCAAAGUGACUGGUGAGACAAACGGUGCACAGAAGAACGGGGAGACGAUCGACCAAUUAGAUUAAUUCAAAAGUCGGAAGUGAUGCCGUACCCAAGUGGGAGUAUUGUCCGACGACGAAAGGCUCUGAAAAGUUAAUCUCGGUUUUCUACUAUAUCACCGCAUAUUGACAUGGAGAAAGACAAAAAA